CUCAUAUGGGAUGCUGGUACUGCAGGCGGUGGCUUCACCCACUCUGCCAGAGCGCCGGCCCCAGGGUGUAUAUGAAGGCCUGUUGGCCACCAGAUAAUUGCAUGCUUUGAAAGGUUUCUGGGCAAUUCUUGAAUGGUUGAAAAUGCCCUGUUUCAUCUGCAGCCCCAGGGUUGACCCUGGAGCCAACCUGGCCAAAUCUGAAUGAUGAAAGCCAAUCACAAACUCAAAAAUAGGCCCCAGAUGCAAGGAGAUGAGACAGUUAGGUUUACUUCCCGUUUUCUAAUUUGAGUGGUUUCACGCUGAAGAAAAUCAGUGUGCUGGGUUGCAGGAGACCUAAACACAUUCACGAUGAAGCUAGGCUCUGUCUUCACGAGCUGGACACUCCACCUUUCCCCUGGGAUGCUCUGGGCAGCUCUGAUGUUUCUGGCUGGAUGUCAUUCUGCAUCAUUGUCUGGAUCUCCCUGGACCGUGCCAUCUUCCGCUGCCAAUCUUGAGACUCUGCAGUGUGAUGGACCCAUCAGCACCAGGAAGAGCAGCUGCCACACUGAUGCUGACCCAAGGGACGAUGACUACGAAAUCAAAGCCUACACUUUCAGCGAACCCUUCCAUCUGAUUGUGUCCUACGACUGGCUGAUCCUCCAAAGUCCAUCCAACCACCUAUUUGAAGGGGACCCACUGAUUCUGCGCUGCCGAGCAUGGCAAGAUUGGCCACUGACUCAGGUCACCUUCUACCGAGAUGGCUCAGCCCUGGGCCCCCCUGGGCCCAACAAGGACUUCUCCAUCGCUGCGGUGCAAAAGGCAGACAGUGGGCGCUACCACUGCAGCGGUGUCUUCAGGAGCCCUGGUCCUGGAAGUCCAGAGACAGCAGCUGCCGUGGCGAUCACAGUCCAAGAACUGUUUCCUGCCCCGGUUCUCCAAGCUGCACCUUCUGGGUCCCAAGACGGAAGCCUGAUGACCUUGAGCUGUCAGACAAAGCUGCCCCCACAGAAGUCAGCCACCCGUCUCCUCUUCUCCUUCUACAAGGAUGGAAAGCCAAUGCGCAGCAGGGGCCGCUCCUCGGAAUUCCAGAUCCCCAUAGCUGCAGAAGAGCACUCUGGGACCUACUGGUGUGAGGCAGCCACUGAGGACAACCAAGUUCAGAAACAGAGCCCCCAGCUGGAGAUGAGGGUGCAUGCUUCCUCCGGCACCGCUGCACCCCCCACCUUGAAUCCAGCUCCUCAGAAAUCAGCCGCUCCAGAAACUACUCCCACUGAGCCCCCUGGGCCUCCGCCUCCACAGCCAACCCCUGCUUCUGAGGAUUCGGGCUUCUCCUCUCCUCUGAGGGCUCCAGACCCCCAUCUGUAUCACCGGAUGGGCCUUCUUCUCCAGCACAUUCAGGAUGUGAGAGCUCUCCUCGGUCAUCUGGUCAUAGAGCUGAGGAACUUGUCUGGCCACCUGAAGCCCGGGACCACAGAAGCUCCUGCAAAAUGAAAGCAAGCGAUUCGCCCGCCAUAUUGCUGGACCAGCUCCAAUAAACCCAGCUCUGUCUAUGUUUCUCUUCCUGUCUUGCCCGUGUGCACAAAUAGUUGUCCUGGUGUUUGGUAAGAACAAUAGAGACAGGUGAGCGUAAAUAAAUGUGUGCAAAGCGA